AUGGAUCGCUCGAAGAAGGCAGAAGCAACGCCCGCCGGGUCUUCCAGGAUCCUUAUCGCGUGCGUCCGCUGUAAGGCUCGUAAGAUCCGGUGCAAUGGCGAAACGCCUCAGUGCGGCAACUGCGUCACGCGUGACGCUGAAUGCACCUACGCGCCGGUUAGGAAAUAUCGAGGACCAGGAAAAGGAAAGAAGAAUUCUGAAGCGGCAGAGGGAGUGGCGCCAUUGUCAUCAUCUUCUCAGCCACUAGACAACGGCAACAGCUCAAGUCAAGACGAGAAGGGUGAAUCCACUGUUCCGGCCACACCAUUGACAGAAAUACCAAAACCUGCACCGGCAUAUUACGGACUUGUUAUAAACAAUUCAAUUGCGCAACAACGGGAUGGUUCGGUGGACCCAUCCCGACCACAAGUCGGUAUCCAAAGUCGCAUGCAGAUAUUCCCCGACUUUCUACUCCCAGGGGCAUUCGAUUCACACUUAAAGGCAUUCAAGGGAAAUCUCGGCAGUGUCAAUACCGCCCAAAGAUUUGCGCCGCUUAUGCCCCAACAUAUAUCGCGACGUAUGGUCCAAAGCUCGUUUGCCGACAUCAUGGCGGAGCAUCAACUGUUGGACCUACCGAACUUCUUGGUGCUCCUCGAUGCCCAAUACACCGACAGCUCUGUUGCCCCAGCUGAGAAUCCAUCCAGGUGGGCCUUUGUCAAUGCCAUCAUUGCCCUUGCGGCCCGGUUUAAAAUAGCUCCUGGCUCGGAGGCUGAGUUGUCUGAUAUCGCCCAUGGAUUUUACCAGAAUGCCAUCACGGUAAUUCCUGAGCUCAUACUGCAAGACCCGAGCUUGCUUUCAAUACAGGCACUCUUAGGCAUGGCGAUGUUUGCCCAGCGUAUUUCAGACACUCGAGUUUGCAUCAUGUUAACAGCCAAUGCCUCACGCCAACUGGAAUUAUUUAAUGUCGGACGGUUAACGGCGGGGCGUAUGAUCGAGGUCGAAGAGGAGGAACAGUACCAACAGCUUUGCCGAGUUGUAUGCAAGUUUAAUAGGGAUACAGGGUACAUCAUUCCACCCUAA